AUGGCCCGGGAGUCACGGCUCUGGACACGGAAGGUGGAGGUGGACAAGGAACGUGGCUUGAGCAUCUCCCUCAUCGAAGACCCGACCUUGGACCUGGGAGGUGAUGAUGCGUGGUGCGCUUGGUGCCUUUGGCCGGCGGCUAAGGCAUUGAUGAACUACCUUGCGACCAUGGACGACCAAGUCCUAAAAGGCAACAGCAUUCUGGAGCUUGGAUCCGGCUGUGGGGCCGUGGGAAUGUACGCAGCUUUGCGAGGAGCCAAGCCUGCCAUCCUUACAGACGUUUACCGAGCCCUGCCCCUCCUCAAGCGCAACGUGGCGGCCAAUGGCUUGGGAAGUCUUUGUCGGACCUUGGCUUUGCCUUGGGGCACCCGCUUGGACCACCUUGCGCCCGAGAUUCGGAGCUGCGUUCCCUUUGACUUGGUGCUGGCUGCCGACUGCAGCUAUGACUUUGUGAACCCAGAGACGCCGAGCCCGUCUAUUGAUGCACUCCUCGCGACUGCGAAAUCACUGGGACGACGUGCGUUGAUUUGUGUGUCUCGACGGCCGCAUGAAGUUGAAGCCUUCACUUGCUCUGUCGAACGGGCUGGCCUGUCCCAACUGGCCAGUGUUGUGUAUGUUGAAGAAAUGAAUGCAGAGAAAGAGGGGGUACCAGAAUGCCUCGUGUACUCCUUCAACUUCGCAGAAAGCUUCCAGAGCAGAGCGGGAGAAUACUGA